AUGGGAUGUAAAAUAAGCGAGGAAAAAUGUGUGAUUGCUUCUCACUCAUUUAGAAAUGCAAAUGCAAAAGUUGAGAACUUUCACCAGAGAAAAAUCGCAAUGGAGAACGACAGAAAAGCGCCAGCAGCGGGGAGGAGAAAGACGAGAGAUUCAGUCAAAAAUGUUAGACAGAAGAAUGCAAGCAAAAUCACAAAGCAGAGCACAGUCGACGAGUCCAAAGCUCCGAACGAUUCGAAGCAUGAAGACGAGGAUCUUCAAGAAAUGAUCGUGACGGCGAACAUUCAACGGGGCCUGAGCAGAGUAUCAAUUCGAAAACCGCGGAAACCAGCGGGAGAUGUCACAGAAGAAAAACUAGCCGACUUGAAUCUGAAAAGAAGAGAUCUGACUCAAGAACUGAAGGAUUUGGAAUUUCAGCUGUCUUGCAUCACGAGUUUAUUGGCAAAGGAGAUUACUGCUAAUAGGAUUGUGGAAUGGUGCCGAGAUCACGGCCAAUUCGUCGGCAUUUCAAUCAAGAGCCACAGCUACCUCGAGUCCGACUUCUGA